GAGCCUGUGGAGGACCUGGACCCUGAUAGGAUUCUGGACCUGCAAGCUGAUUCCCAUCUGCAUGUUAUCUCGGGUGGAACCAAAGUGGUUCAACACAGCCCACCUCUCCGAGCUACUGCAGGGCUAAAACCUGUAGACAACGGUUGUGUAGCUUAUGUUUUACGGACAGGAUUUUACACUUCUCAGUGUAAAUUAUUGAGAACGAUUCUGUUUGGAGUGAAGGGGGUGACGGCGAACAACCUGGAAACGUUCAUCCUCUUCCUAUUGGUUUUCGCCAUUGCCGCCGCUCUGUAUGUUUGGGUAGAGGGAGCCGUGACAUGCUGUCUACAGGUUGUGAUGAUAACAGGUGACAACCCUUUAACUGCUUGUCAUGUGGCCAGAGAGCUGCAUUUUAUCCAGAGAGAGCACACGCUGAUACUACAACAGGCACCCGGUCAAGGCGAUUGGCAGUGGGAAUCUAUAGACGGUUCUGUGCACCUCCCUGUACCUCAUGCGUCAGUCUCGGAUCUGAUCAGGCGCUAUGACCUCUGUGUGACGGGUGAAGGGCUGACCAAAUUGUCCUACGACACACGAUUGCUGAACGCCCUGCUUCCUCAUGUGCAGGUCUUCGCUCGAGUUAGCCCCAAACAAAAGGAAUUCGUCAUAACUAGCCUAAAGGGACUGGGUUUUGUAACACUAAUGUGUGGUGAUGGGACAAAUGAUGUUGGUGCACUUAAACAUGCCCACAUAGGUGUGGCCCUACUAGCUAACGCCCCAGAGCGUAUCCCAGAGAGGAAGAAGAGAAAUAAAGACAAAGAGAUUUCCUCUGUAGAUCCCAGACCUCCUCCAGUCACAAGUUCAGGGAAACUCACUUCACGUGGAGCCAGACAGAGAAUAAUUGCACAGAGAGAGGAACAGCUCGCUGCACAAAAGGUGUUUCAUCACUUAUAUUUAUUUACCUUCAACACUUGAUGGGUGAUCUCCUGCUA